AAAGUCACCAUCGACUAUUUUUUCACAGUUAAAACGACAUCUGAUAUGUUUAGAAAUAGAGAUCCGUUAUCUGCACCAGUACAGAAUGCCUUUAGGACUACCCUCUGUUCCAUACUUUCCAAGAAAACUCCCGAAGGCUAUGUAGUUUGCUUUUUCAAACUGUUAGAUUCAAAUCCAAGUAACUUCAAUUUUGAGAAUAUAAUCCGAUUCGCUGAUAUGGUUAACACACUGGAACGAUUUCAAUGUGGCAUUUCCACCGGUCACGUGUUAUUGCUAGAUUUGGCAGGACUGUCAUUAGGACACAUUGCUAGAGUAGGUCCUCUUUCAUUAAAAACAUUUCUCUUUUACUUACAGGAAGCCCUGCCUGUACGAUUGAAGAAAAUACAUGUUUACAAUGCAGGGCAAUUUGUUAACACGCUUAUGAAUUUAGUUAAACCUUUCCUGAACAAGGAGACUGCAGAAAAGGUAAUUAUACACCAGUCAUUUGACAGUUUAACAAAAGAUAUACCUUUGGAAUGUUUACCUGAGGAUUAUGGUGGCUCAGAACAAAGUAUCGCUGAAUUACAUGCGAAAAUUAAAAAGAACCUCUUAGAAAACAAGGCGUUGUAUGAGUGGGAAGAAACUCUCAUUUUGGACGAAAAGAAAAGACCCGGUGGAAAAUUUAUGAAUACUAAUACUUAUGGAGCUGAUGGUACUUUCAAGAAAUUGCAACUUGAUUAACGUCUUUAGAGAAAUAGUUAGGAGCCUUCCAUUUUUGUUUAGUAUAUGAUAUAAGAUAUAAUAUAUCCCUAUUUUAAAUUUAAUGGCAAGCUAUAAAAACUGCGAAGCAUUAUGGGAUAUUUGCCGAUAACACAGGUCUACAAAAUAAAAAAAGCCUUAUGACUCCUCCUUACAAUCACUAAAAUGUGCCAAAAUAAGGCAAAACGCC